AAGUCGGACUAGGAAUCUAAUAUUUCCUCGUAAGAUUCGGCGCAGCCUGCUUUCCGAGUCUCUUUCCGAGUCUCUCUCUCAUUUGCCUGCCCCUCUCGUUUAUAUAUAAACAUACCAUAGCACAGAAGGAGAGACAGACGGAGAGGGAAAGAGAAAGGAAGAUCAAGAUUGAAACAGAAACACAGCAGUAAAGGGUGAAGAUAAAGAAGGAGGAGAAGAGAGAUCGCCUUUAAUAUCACAGCGGCGAGUCUUCUUGCUCAUCUUCCUCAUCUUCUUCACCUGCUUCUGUUUGAGGAGCCUUCUCUGCGAUCAUGGGCGGCGACGGAGAGCGUAGUCGGCAUCACCGGCAGCAGGAGAAGGAGCAGGAGCUCCCGAGGGAGCAGAGGGAGGCCAUAAUGUUGUCUCUGGUGAAGAGGAAGAAGGAUUUUAAGCACAUGGAGAGGGUCGGGGGGAGGUGGGUCAACGUCCUCGAAGGCCUCGAGCUCCACGAGGGGGUCUUCUCCGCCGCCGAGCAGCACAGGAUCGUCGACUGCGUCUUGGAUUUCCAGCAGCGAGGAAGGCGUGGAUUGCUCAGAGAGCGCACUUAUUCAGAGCCAAAGAAGUGGAUGCGUGGGAAAGGGCGCGUGACUAUACAAUUUGGUUGUUGCUACAACUAUGCAAAGGAUAACAAUGGAAACCUUCCAGGAAUAAUGCGGGACGAGGAAGUCGAUCCAAUGCCUCCCAUACUGAAGACUAUGAUUAAGAGGAUGGUGGCGUGGCAUGUGCUCCCGCCAACGUGUGUCCCAAACAGUUGCAUCAUAAACAUCUAUGAUGAAGAUGACUGCAUCCCUCCUCAUAUCGACCACCACGAUUUCGUUCGACCCUUUUGCACCGUUUCCUUGCUCUCCCAGUGCAACAUUCUCUUUGGAACCUACAUCAAAGUGGUCUCGCCGGGAGUGUUUGCAGCCCCUACUUCCAUUCCUUUACCAGUCGGGUCGGUGCUUGUUUUGAAUGGUAAUGGCGCAGAUGUAGCUAAGCAUUGCGUACCUGCUGUGCCCACCAAGAGGAUCUCAAUUACGUUCAGAAAAAUGGAUGGUCGCAAGCUUCCCUACAGAUUCAUUCCUGAUCCUGAACUACAGAAUCUUCGACCCCUCCAGUACCCUCUGGUGCCAGCUCCGGUGAACGAGUUAGUAAGCUCGCGGGCCCAACCCCAACCAGCGUCCACGCCAUUGGCCCAAGCACGACCAGCAUCGACUCUGCCGCCCCGAGCCGAACAGGUUAACGUACCCAGAGAGGAGCAAAGCUCAGAGGGCAUGAAGUGGACUCGCGAUGGCCCCUUCUCUUCGGAAGAUUUUCCCCCACUUGGUUCGUUGUGUUCGGCAGGAAAGAGUCAGCAGAACAAGCCACACCGACCUGCAAGACGAUGAACCGGUUGAAAUUGAAUCAAGACUGACGAUUUCGAAGCCAGCUGAACUUAGUUUAACGUUAAUUGUUCCAUUGUGGCAAAGCUGUAACAUAAUAUAAUAAAGUUGCAUGUAAUGCUCUCCUUUCUAUAAUUGUUAAAUUUUUGUAUUCAUUUUAAAUUUUAAUAAA